UUCUCCAAACAGCAGCAAGCGUGAGCUGAUAAGAAUCUGGUCACUUGACGCUGAGCUCAGAGGUCCAACACACUAACUCACUCGCUGCAACGCUCAUCUCACUAAUUUGAUUUAGGAACAGUAGGAAUAAAAAAUAAAAAAAUAAAAAAAAUGUCAAUCACAAUGGAAGAGAUGAAAAACAAACUUCAGUCUCCAGGGGAUGACCUUGUCUUCUUCGUUAAUGGAAAAAAGAUCACUGAGAAAAAUGCAGAGCCUGAGAAAACACUCUUGACAUAUCUAAGGAGAAACUUGGGUCUGACGGGAACCAAACUGGGCUGUGCUGAAGGAGGUUGUGGAGCCUGCACUGUAAUGGUGUCCAAAUAUCAUCCACAUCAAAACCGGAUUAUUCACUAUGCGGUCAAUGCCUGUCUAGCUCCGCUAUGCUCUUUGCAUCACUGUGCAGUAACAACCGUGGAGGGCAUCGGCAGCGUGGCGAGCAAACUCCAUCCUGUACAGGAGCGAAUUGCAAAGGCUCAUGGGUCACAGUGUGGGUUCUGCACUCCAGGAAUUGUGAUGUCUAUGUAUGCUCUUUUGAGAAACAACCCUCAACCCAGCAUGCAUGAUAUUCAGGAGGCUUUUCAAGGUAAUUUAUGUCGCUGUACUGGGUACAGACCUAUUCUAGAAGGCUACAGAACAUUUACAAAGGAUGGGGGAUGCUGUGGUGCAAAAGGACAAAGUAAUGGCUGCUGCAUGACUAAUGGACACACACAAGAGCAUGUCAAUGACAAUUCAACACUUCCAGCUCAGAAACUGUAUGACCAAUCAGACUUUAUGCCACUGGACCCGACACAAGAGAUUAUAUUCCCGCCUGAGCUCAUGAGUUUAAGUAAACAGCCCCAGAGAGAAUUGAGGUUUGUUGGGGAACGAGUGCUUUGGAUUCAACCCUGCUCCCUUGAAGAACUCUUGGAACUGAAAGCGACUUAUCCAAACGCUAAACUAGUGGUUGGGAACACAGAAGUUGGUGUUGAGAUGAAGUUCAAAAACCUUCUUUACCCUGUGAUUCUGGCCCCAGCUUUCAUCCCAGAACUGAACAUCAUCCAAAACACACGGGAUGGGAUUCAGGUUGGUGCAUCAGUGACGUUGACUGUGCUGGGGGACGUGUUGCGCGCAGCGGUGAAGAAGCUGCCUGCUCAUCAGACGGAGGUCUUUAAGGCUGUUCUUGAGCAGCUGCGUUGGUUUGCAGGACAGCAGAUCCGUAAUGUUGCGGCUGUUGGUGGCAAUAUUAUGACAGCGAGUCCCAUUUCAGACCUCAACCCUGUGUUUAUGGCAGCCAGCUGCAAGCUAACGGUGAUGUCAAAAGGAGAGAAACGUGUUCUUGAAAUGGAUGGCAAGUUCUUCCCUGGUUAUAGAAAGACCAUUCUGAAGCCAGAAGAGAUUCUGUUGUCCAUUGAGAUUCCAUACACAAGAAAGGGCCAGUACUUCUCAGCUUUCAAACAGUCUCCUCGCAAAGAGGAUGACAUUGCCAUUGUCACAUGUGGGAUGAAUGUAUUCUUCAAGGAGCACUCCAAUAUUGUGCAGAGUAUCCGGAUAAGCUAUGGAGGAAUGGCCCAUGUAACUGUCCUGGCCACGGACACAUGCAACAGGUUACUCAACAGGCAAUGGAAUAAGGAGCUCCUAGAGGAAGCCUGCACGUCAUUGGCUGAGGAGAUGAGCCUGUCUCCUUCAGCUCCUGGUGGGAUGGUGACAUACAGACGCACACUGACUAUCAGCCUCUUCUACAAGUUCUUCCUCAGUGUCCAACACAAGCUGUCUCUGGACCUGCUGAAGGAGGGUGUGACUGUGGAAGACAUCCGACCCGAAUAUGCUACUGCUACUGAGCUCUUCCAGUUGGACUCACCGUCCAGUGUACAGCUCUACCAGGCAGUUCCCCCUGGUCAUAAUAGUGAUGAUGUGGUGGGGCAACCAAUCAUGCAUCUCUCUGCGCUGAAGCAGGCCACAGGAGAAGCGAUCUACUGUGACGACAUCCCCUGUUAUGAAAAUGAGCUCCAUUUGGCUUUGGUCACCAGUACUAAAGCUCAUGCACUCAUAAAAUCCAUUGAUACCUCCGAUGCAAUGGCAGUUCCUGGAGUGGUUGCAUUUAUCUCUGCUAAAGACAUACCAGGAAGUAACAUGACAGGACCUGUUGUUUAUGACGAGACCGUUUUUGCAGAUGAUAAGGUCACAUGUGUUGGACAUAUAGUGGGGGCCUUUGUGGCAGACACACAGGCCCAUGCUCAGAGAGCAGCCAAAGCUGUGAAGAUCAGCUAUGAGGAGCUGCAGCCUGUUAUUGUCACCAUUCAGGAUGCUAUUGCCAACAAGUCCUUCUUUCAGCCGGUGAGAAGUAUAGAGAGAGGAGAUGUUGCUAGAGGUUUCAAAGACUCUGAUCACAUCCUGCACGGGGAGAUGCACAUUGGAGGGCAGGAACAGUUUUAUCUGGAGACUAACUGCACACUUGCUGUCCCUCGUGGAGAGGAUGGAGAAAUGGAGCUGUUUGUGUCCACACAGUCGGCCUCCAAGACUCAAGCCCUAGUGGCUAAAGCUCUGGGAGUGCCUGCCAACCGCGUGGUGUGCCGUGUAAAGAGGAUGGGAGGAGGAUUUGGAGGGAAAGAGAGUCGGAGCACCAUUCUGUCCACUGUGGUUGCUGUUGCCGCACAUACGGUCAAGCGGCCAGUUCGCUGCAUGCUAGAUCGCGAUGAGGACAUGCUGGUCACAGGUGGACGGCAUCCAUUCUUUGGACAUUACAAGGUUGGGUUCAUGAACAAUGGAAGAGUGAUGGCAGUUGAAGUGACCCUCUACAGCAACGCAGGCAAUUCACUGGACCUGUCAUUGUCAAUCCUGGAGAGGGCACUGUUCCACAUGGAUAACUCCUACAACAUUCCUAACAUCCGUGGCACUGGCUACGUGUGUAAAACCAACUUGCCGUCUAACUCAGCGUUCAGAGGCUUUGGUGGGCCGCAGGGCAUGAUGGUCACAGAGAGCUGGAUGAGUGAUGUGGCUUUGAGCUGUGGUCUGCCUGCAGAAGAGGUGAGGAGGAUGAACAUGUACAAGGAGGGGGAUUUCACACCCUUCAGUCAACGUCUGGACCAUUUCACCAUCGAUCGCUGUUGGGAGGAGUGCAUGCAGCUCUCAGACUUCCACAAGCGCAAGGAUGCAGUGGAACAAUACAACAGGCAGCAUCGUUGGACCAAAAGAGGAUUAUCCAUCAUUCCCACCAAGUUUGGAAUCAGCUUCACUGCAGUCUUCCUCAACCAGGCAGGAGCAUUGGUGCUUGUGUACUCAGAUGGUUCGGUUUUACUAACUCAUGGUGGAACAGAGAUGGGACAAGGCCUGCACACUAAAAUGGUCCAGGUGGCCAGUAAAACUCUUGGAAUCCCCUGCUCAAAGAUUCACAUCACAGAGACCAGCACUAACACAGUUCCCAACACCAGCCCUACAGCCGCCUCCGCCUCCUCCGAUCUUAAUGGCAUGGCCAUCUAUAAUGCUUGCCAGACAUUACUACAGAGACUUCAACCUUACAAAGACAGAAACCCCGAAGGCUGCUGGGAGGAUUGGGUGAAAGCAGCAUAUUUCGACAGAGUUAAUUUGUCUGCCAAUGGAUUUUACAAGACUCCAGAUCUUGGCUAUGAUUUUGAAACAAAUUCGGGAAGGCCGUUUAACUACUUCAGUUAUGGCGUGGCCGUCUCAGAGGUGGAGAUAGACUGUCUAACUGGCAGUCAUAAGAAUCUUCAUACGUCCAUAGUCAUGGAUGUGGGCAUGAGUUUAAAUCCAGCGUUGGACAUUGGACAGGUGGAGGGUGGGUUCAUGCAAGGUUUAGGUCUGUUCACGCUGGAGGAACUACGCUACUCUCCUGAUGGUUACCUGUAUACUCGUGGACCUGGGAUGUAUAAGAUUCCCGCUUUUGGGGAUAUUCCCACUGAAUUAAAGGUCUCGCUGCUCAGAGAUGCUCCUAAUGAGAAGGCCAUCUUCUCCUCAAAGGCUGUGGGUGAGCCUCCUCUCUUUCUGGCAGCCUCAGUGUUUUAUGCAAUUAAAGACGCCAUCACAGCUGCCAGGGCUGAGUCCAAUCUGACUGGACCUUUCAGACUGGACAGCCCCGCCUCGCCUGAACGGAUACGAAAUGCCUGUGAAGACAAGUUUACUAAACUGUGUCCUCCUGCGGAUCCUGGCACCUUUAUUCCAUGGGCAGUCCAGGUGUAAGACACAGCAAAUCAAAAUGGACUGUUUACUUUCUUAACGCACAUUCUUCAUCUCGUGUAUGAUUUAUCUGUGCAUGUAUUCCAAAGGAAAAAAAAAUUAUGUUGUUGUAAUCUUUAAGCAAAAUUCUGCUGGUCAGCACAGGUUGUUGGAUAAUGUUAGCUAAAAGCCCCCAAAAAGUGACAUAUUUGACUCACAAGCUACUUAAUUCCUGAUGGGUAAAAUCAAGUCCUGCCCCACAUUUGUUUUUUACAUUCUGUUUCAAUCUGAAAUACGUUUAUGAAAGUAAAAUGGGUUGCAAAUGAAAAUUCACAUUGACUUUAAAAGUCCUCAGAGAUUAAAAUGCACAACAGCAAAGGCACUAAGAGAAGAACAUUAAUUACCAAAGAAAAAGAAAUUCUGAGAAUUUUGUUGUGAACAGAUUAUACUGUGAAAACAAGAGCACUUGUGCUUUUUUGACCUCUGUGUACUCUUAGUGAAAGUUACAUUAUAUAUGUGACCCAGUACCACAAAACCAGUCCAAAGGGUAAUUUUUCUACAUUGAAAUGUAUACAUCUUCCGAAGGCUGAAUAAAUAAGCUUUCCAUUGAUGUAUGGUUUGUUAGAUUAUGACAAUAUUUGGCCGAGAUACAACUAUUUGAAAAUCUGGAAUCUGAAGGUGCAAAAAAUCUAAAUAUUGAAAAAAAUGCCUUUAAAGUUGUCCAAAUGAAGUCAUUAGCAAUGCAUGUUACUAAUCAAAAAUUAAGUUUUCAUAUAUUUAUGGUAGGAAAUUUACAAAAUAUAUUCAUGAAACAUGAUCUUAAUAUCCUAAUCAUUUUGGCAUAAAAAUAAAAUCAAUAAUUUUCUCCCAUACAAUGUAUUUUUGGCUAUCGCUUCAAAUAUAUUGUGGUGGACUGGUUUUGUGGUCCAGGGUCACGUAUAACAGCUAAAUGAUUUGUGCACAAAGUAAUUUUAGUAUCUCAUUGUAGAAAUUAUUAAUUUAUUUUGUAACUGAAGUUGUCUAAUAAUAGGGAUAAUAAUACUGAGAUAAAGUGAGUAGUAUUUCUCAGGUCAUGUGAACUCAAUAUGAUAUAAAAGUCACUAUAAAUAUACAGUGCCUCUUUAAAUAGUAUUAUUUACUACUAUCAUAUAUGUGACUUUUACUUAUGGUAAUUGUAUAAAAUCAUAGUUUAUUCAAAUCUAAAUAUUGCAUUAUUUAUGAAUCAAGUUAGACAGUGGUUGUCAUAUUAAUGUCUCAUGAUUAAAUUACUACUGUGCAU